AUGAAGGUGGGCCAGCCCUGGGCGACCCCCCAGUACUGGGGGGCGAUGUCCCAAGAGGCAGUCUGUUCGUCUCAACCUUCUACAAACUGCCACAACAAAUACUCGGGCCACAAUGAUAAGGUACUCCGGAUUGUGAUGGUUGGGAAAACUGGAGCUGGGAAGAGCGCCACAGGAAACACCAUUCUGGGAAAAGAGCACUUUAAAUCAGAGUUUUCUUUUAAAUCUCUGACUAAAGUCUGUGCUAAGGCUGCUGGUGAAGUGGAUGGACAAAAGGUUGCUGUCAUUGACACUCCAGGUCUGUUUGACACCAGCACUGAUGAAGAGAAAAACAGAAACAAUAUUGGCCAGAGCGUUUCUUAUGCUUCUCCUGGACCGCAUGUCUUCCUGGUCGUCAUCAGACUGGGCAGAUUCACCGAUGAGGAAAAACAGUCAGUGAAGAAGAUUCAGGAAAUCUUUGGAAAGAAAGCGAACAAAUACAGCAUGGUUCUCUUUACCCACGGUGAUCUGCUCAAAGGGAAACCUAUCGAAGAGUUCUUGAAGAAAAGUGUAGAGCUGCAGGAACUUGUGAACAGAUGUCACGGGCAGUACCACGUCUUCAAUAAUGAGGAGAAGGAUCGUUCUCAGGUCAGAGAGCUGCUCGACAAGAUCAGAAACCUCACAGAGAAGAACGGAGGAAGCCAUUACACCAAUGAAAUGUUCCAGAUGGUAGAGAGGGCCAUAGAAGAGGAAAAACAGAGAAUCCUUAAAGAGAAAGAAGAGGAAAUGCGCAAAGAGAAGGAGGAAAUGGAGAAGGAAAUAUCGGAAAAGUUACAGUAG